CACAAACCCCUCAGUCACAGUUUGGACUUCAGAAUGAAGAAACGGCAAACUCUGCUCUUCUGCUUCCUAACAGGAGCAUCUUUUCUCAGUAACACAGCAGCAGGAUUUCCCAUUUACACAGCAACCGAAGGACAAAACGUCUCCUUUGAGUUUCCGUUCACUCUGGUUGGAGGCGGCAGACGAUAUUUAUGCAGAGAGGAAUGUAAAAACAACAACAUCAUCAUCGAGACGAAGUCAGCAGAUACUCAAAAUGGGAGUUUCCACCUCAGAUAUCGUAAUGGAAAUCUACAGGUCACCAUCAGAGAGCUGAAGAUGUCCGAUUCUGGACGGUACAGGUGUGGAGUAGCCGGGUCAUCGCUGUCUGAGGUAUUUGAGGAAAUAUUCGAGAUCAGAGUUAUUGAAGGGAACGCAGUUACUGAUGUGAACUUCAUACGAACAACACAGAACACGUUUGAGAAUCUGGACUCUUCAGAACUCACUUCACAAAAUCCAGUGAUCAGCAGCCUUCAGUUUCAGAGGGUUUCCAGCACCGCUUUGACAGAUUUACACAAAACUGCAGGAAGUCCUUCAACCACAGCAGCAACAUCCAAACAAAUCAGCCUAUCAGCUCUUCCUCUGAUUGUCGGUGGUGUUGCCACGGCGACUGGCGUCUCAAUAGCCGUGUUUCUAAUUCUGCUUUACAACUGGAGGACGAGAGCCAAUGGUGCAGACACGAGAACGUCAGACACAGAGGUGACGUAUGAAAACUGGGCACUAGGAUCCAGAUCUGAAGACCCCCACUACCAAAACCUUGAUCCAGCCAGCAUGGAUCAGGAACCAACUUAUUUAACUCUCACUUAGGACGCCAAGUUUUUACAACAUCCACUUUAUUAGUGCUUUAAAGUGGCAGUAUUAUGUAAAAAUAUAAAAAUGUA